GCUAACCAAACGCACUCUUACUUAUCCACAUGACCGCAUCCUCCUAAAAACGAUCAUCUCUCACCGCUCCCACUACGCCUCUCACAUUCCGCCAUGGCUACCACUGACCUCGACUUUGAGCUCCUCCCCUACCUCCGAGUCUACAAAUCAGGCACAAUCCAACGUCUUGCCGGAACCGACUCCGAUUCCGUCCCUCCGGCCACCGAUUCUCACACCGGCGUCCUGUCCAAAGACCUGCUCGCCAUAAUUCCAGGAACAGAAGUCUACGUACGAAUCUACCUCCCCAACCUCGCCGCCGCCGACGGUCGCAAGCUUCCUCUCCUCGUCUACUUCCAUGGAGGCUUCUUCAUUCUGCACUCGCCGUCUUCGCGCCUCUACCACGACUACCUCAACGCUCUCGCGGCGGAGUCCGGCGCGAUUGUAGUUUCCGUACACUACCGCCGCCCGCCGGAGCAUCCCCUUCCCGUCGGUUAUCAGGACUCCUGGGACGCGCUCCGGUGGGUAGCCGCCCACCGCGGCGGGGACGGCGCAGAGCAAAUUCUAAAUAACCAGGCCGACUUCCGGCGAGUGUUUCUCGUCGGCGACUGCGCCGGCGGGAACAUUGUGCACAACCUUGCGGUGACUGCCGGAAAUACGGACGCCGGGCUGGACAUGGAGAUCCAGGGAAUCGUGCUGGUGGAUCCGUAUUUUAAUGGGUCGGAUUGGGUCGGGUCAUGUACGGCGGGUUUGGAGGAGAGAGUGGCGUUGGAGAGGUUGUGGAGCGUAGUGUGCCCGUCGUGCCCGGAUAAGGAUGACCCGUGGGUCAACCCGGUGGGGGAAGCGGGUAUGGGCGGGUUGGUGGGGCUGGGGUGCUCGAGGGCGCUGGUGUGUGUGGCGGAGAAGGAUGUGCUGAAGGAUUGGGGAUGGGCGUAUUUUCAGGGUUUGGGUCGGGUCGGGUGGAUGGGUAUGGUAGAGAUCCAUGAAGCUGAGGGAGAGGGGCAUUGCUUUCAUUUGCAUGACUUGAAAGCUGAGAAGGCUAAGGAGAGAAUGAGAAGAAUGGUUCAUUUCAUCAAUUGGGAAAUGUGAAAGAUAAGAGUCUGUUUGGUUAAAUUACGUUCUAUAUUAUAUUUUCAAUUUUAUUUUAAAUA